AUGGCUCGUACAGACGAAGCGGAGUGGUGGUUUAAUGCAGUGUACGAGGCCAUCCAGCAGAUCCCCUACGGCAAAGUGACGUCCUAUGGGCAUAUCGCUCGUCUACUGGGAUGCCCUCAGCGGUCUCGACAGGUUGGCAUCUGUCUCAAACACCUUCCAUCGAGCCCGGAUGAGUUUUAUAAUAACGACAAUGUACCGUGGCAGCGGGUUAUCAAUUCGAAGGGGAUGAUUUCCCAUCGAGGCCCCGGUUCGGCUGCUAGGCAGGCGGCAGCUCUCGAGCAAGAAGGCGUCUCCGUCCGCUCUGACGGCAUGAACGAGUUCUACGUCGAUAUGGCGCAAUUCGGAUGGUUCCCGGAUCGGCUACCCAAUGAAGACGAUGAGGACGGAGACCUGGACGCUGAUGGUCUUGGGAACAGGGGUUAG